CCCACCACCGAUACGUUCCCUCCUGUUUCUUUUUACUCAAUGAGCCGGAUAGAGCGUGAUCAGUGUAAUCGCGAGGUGGUGUGCGUGCGAUGGUACGUGCAGGUUCGAAUCAACAGAUUCGAAUGUGAGGUGAGAAAGAUUUUGAACGUUUGUCAAUCUUCUGGAACGCGACGCGAACGAUGAGAAGGAUGCCGAAGGUAAUAGAUCAGCUGCGCGCUACGUAAUGCUCAUUCGCUCCGUAAAGGGAGUAUCGUGUUGUUGUGUGUGUCCGUCGAUCAAGUGUCAUCUGGGCCGAUAACAGAAGGGAACAGGAAUUAGGCGUGACUGUGCGCCGCGUAUGGAAAGGCAGUUCUGUCGUCGACGCGGAGACGGAACGCGCGCAUGCGAGAACGGGCGUACGCAUGGGCUUUUUGACGGAUACGUGCCCGCAAUGGCGACGGUGCUAGACAACUCGCCUACUUUCUAAGUUCUCUCCGUGACCAGUGAGAGGUCUGUCUCGCAUCUGUUUCGCCCGAGUAUCCGUAUCGCGCCGAGCUAUGUGACUGGCGUGUAUCGCGAACGUUCUUUGAACGAAGCGCCCCGUCCGUCUCUCGACCGGAGAAAAACGUCUCGGAAAAAAAAAAAAAAAAAAGAAAAAAACGUGUUUCGUAAGUGACAAAAUUCGCAUAUUUGUUGUUACGAUGCAGCAACCUCGUUGGGAUUGCCAGGUGUUUCGGGUGUUCGGAAUAAUCGAAGAACGCGCAGAAUCGUUCCUCCGAGAUCGUUCCUCGCGGAUGUGAUAUCCCUCGUUGCGCGUUUCCUCUCACGAUAAUCCAGCCGACGGUUCCGCCUGUUUUGCGGUCGCGCCUCGCGGAUCUGUCGUCAUCGGAACAACAUAUCUGUGACAGAUCUCGGGAUUUCAAUUCUUGCUUUUGCAUUGAAUUGCUCUCUUUCUCUGCGCGAAUUCGCUCAGAGGAAAUGGACCACGCGAGUGAUCGGAUUGAUUGGUGAUAAUUUAAUAAAACUGUCCGCAUACAUUUGAUUCUCCUUUCUUUAUUUGUCUCGUAUUACCAGCGAAUGCUUGUUGCAAACAAGUGCGAUCGAACAGUUUUCAAUACAGCGAUCGGUUGUGCGAAAUUUCACAUGCGAGAAACAGAACAACGUGCAUUCAGUGGACGAUAACAGGACGGAACUUGAAUCGCCGCUUCAAGAGACAUACACACACACACACGCACACACACACACACACAUACACGGGAGUCAGAUAAAUAAAUAAAAACGAUCGUCGAACAUGGGUAACUGCUUCAGCAAUUUGAGAGACGUGGAGAAGGAGAAGCCGGACAGGAUCAACCCCAACAUAGAGACGGCGGUGCCGACCAGUCCGGUGCCAACGCCACCACCCGAUCCCAUCAGGCCGAUACCGCAGAUACCAGAUACGGAUGUCUCGUCGACCGCCAAGAUAUUCGUCGCCCUUUACGACUACGACGCGCGCACGGACGAGGAUUUAAGCUUCCGUAAGGGCGAACACCUGGAGAUACUCAAUGACACGCAAGGAGACUGGUGGCUGGCGCGGAGUAAAAGGACCAGACAGGAGGGCUACAUCCCCAGUAAUUACGUCGCCAAAUUGAAGUCGAUCGAGGCAGAACCAUGGUAUUUCAGAAAGAUUAAGCGAAUUGAGGCGGAGAAAAAGCUGCUGCUGCCGGAAAACGAUCACGGCGCGUUUCUGAUAAGAGAUUCUGAGAGUCGGCACAACGAUUACUCCCUUUCAGUGCGUGACGGUGACACGGUGAAGCAUUAUCGUAUCCGGCAAUUGGACGAAGGUGGCUUUUUCAUUGCCAGACGAACGACGUUCAGGAAUCUUCAGGAUCUUGUGGAGCAUUACAGCAAGGACGCGGACGGGCUGUGCGUCAAUCUCUGCAAGCCUUGUGUGCAGGUUGAGAAACCCGUAACCGAGGGCCUUAGUCAUCGCACGCGAGAUCAAUGGGAGAUCGACCGUUCGUCGCUGAAGUUCCUGAGAAAACUCGGCCAGGGUCAGUUCGGCGAGGUAUGGGAGGGUCUGUGGAACAACACCACCCCGGUGGCGAUCAAGACUCUCAAACCAGGCACCAUGGAUCCGAAGGACUUCCUUGCCGAAGCGCAGAUCAUGAAGAAACUGCGACACGCCAAGCUGAUUCAAUUGUACGCCGUCUGCACGAUGGAAGAGCCGAUCUACAUCAUUACGGAAUUGAUGAGAAACGGCAGUCUACUGGAAUUCUUACAAGGUAUGCAAGGGAAGGGUAGAGGCCUAAAAUUGCAGCAAUUGAUCGACAUGGCUGCGCAAAUAGCUGCCGGCAUGGCGUACUUGGAAUCACAGAAUUAUAUUCAUCGAGAUUUGGCUGCUCGUAACGUUCUCGUGGCUGAUGGGAAUAUUGUGAAGAUCGCGGACUUUGGCUUAGCCAGGCUCAUCAAGGAAGACGAAUAUGAGGCGAGAAUAGGCGCGCGUUUCCCUAUCAAAUGGACUGCGCCCGAAGCCGCCAAUUACAGCAAAUUCAGUAUUAAAUCUGACGUGUGGUCGUUCGGUAUCCUCCUUACCGAAUUGGUCACAUACGGUAGGAUACCUUAUCCAGGUAUGACAAACGCUGAGGUUCUUCAUCAGGUGGAGCACGGUUACAGGAUGCCGUGUCCGCCCGGCUGCCCCGAUACGCUUUACAACAUUAUGUUGGAAUGUUGGAACAAAGACCCUAUGAAGAGACCAACGUUCGAAACGCUCCAAUGGAAGCUCGAAGACUUCUUCACCAUGGAAGGUUCCGAGUACAAGGAAGCAUCUGCGUAUUAGACUAAGAGGAAUCUGAAUCCUUCUUCCACUUCAUUGAAACACACGCAUGAUAGUUACGCAGCCGUUAGUUACUCGAUACGAUCAUUACGGAUCUUCUUCGUUGAUCUUUUCGUGAUGCAUUUUUGCGAUUUUUUUUUUGUUUUUUUUUGUUUUUUUUUUUUGUUUUUUUUCAAGAGAGAGAAUACUGUACAUUUUAUACUCGAAUCGAUAACGUUUAUUUUACAUAUUACUACGAUAGUGUUGUUUUAAGGAUAAGGUUUUUCCUCUCUUAACUCCUGCUUUUUCCUGUCUUUCCUGUUUUGUUUUUUAUUUUAAUUUUUUGUCUUAUCAUCGGCACAUUCUGCCUGCCAUAAAAAAAGCUCGAAGACCGACAUUUAGACAAUUUUAUCUGUGACUUGACGUACAUUGGCAUUUUGAUAAUUUUUUUAUUACGAGCGGCGAAGAAGUUUUAGAUAUUGUUUUAAAAAAUUGCAUUAUAUAUAUAAAAAAAAAAAAAAAAAACAAAACGGAACAUUAUACACAUAGAUGUUAAAUGGCCUUUGUAAAAUCGUUUAUAGUAUAUCGGUUAGUGUAAGAGUAGAGAUCUCGAUCACUCGGGUAAUAAUCCGAAUGAUGAUGCCGUCGCGCUCGGCAAUAGUAGCGAUGUAAUAUAUUUGUGUACGAUAUAUAAAAGUUACUUCUCUCUCUUUUUCCCGUAUUACAUUUAUAAAUACUAUGAAACGACGAAAAAACUUGAUCGAACUCUCUUGAUAUUAAUCUACUGAGAAAGACGAAACGACGGACCACGCAUACCUUCAUCAUUCCUUCUCUAUUUACGCUCGGAGCGUGACGUCUCGAAUUAAUUGUAACAAAAUCCCUCUUUCCCUUCUCGAUGUUAGAAGGAAUUGGACGCGCAAGAGUCGCCGACGAAACGAAAUCUCGCGCACGCGAAAAAAGGGAAAAUUUUUAAUAACCGGUCCGUCCAAGACAACGCGGAAGACUGUGUCCUAUGGCGACUGCGUCGAAUGAUGUUAUCCUCUUUCGAUUGUUCUGUCUACACUUGUCAUAAACUUAUUAAUACCGAUACAGACUGCUAGAAAACGUUUUUUCUAUAACUGAUACUGUUUAUUGUAACAGCGUAAAACUCCCUUCCAAAAGUAGAUAAUCUUGAACUAGAGAUCUUGUCUGACGAGACAAGAUGAGAUUGGCAUAUAAUAAAUAUUAAUUGAACGUUUUUUUGUUUUUUUCAAGUAUUACGAGACGAAAUCUUAGAUCAAUUGUGUCAUCUCUCCAUUAUUUGGUCAUUUUCUCGUUAUCAUCAAUUUUAUAUAUUUUUAUAUGAUAUAUAUAUAUAUAUAUAUAUAUAUCGCGCGUCCAUUUGACAUUUUUAUUAUAAUUAUUUAUCACACCUUAACUUUUCACACCCCAUUCGCGACAAGUGAUUCAAACUUGAUAAUAAUUAUUAUAUUAUACAUAUAUAUAUAUAUAUAUAUAUAUACACACACGCGUAAAAAGUUAGCGAUUAUUAUAUUGAAUAUACUUCGUAUAUAUAAAUACAUGAAAAAAAUAAUACGCAAUUAUAUAGGAUACUUUAGGGCAAUACUCUUUAAUCUCCUUUUUCGCAUUACACACGCACAAAUUUGUACGGAAUGUGCCAAAAUGUGUCGCCAUUCCCUCUGUUUGUCGAUUUAUCGAACAAACGUAGAGUUGUGGAUAUAUAUCGUAUCUGAUAUUGUUUUCUGUGUGUAGCUCUUCCUCACUAUUGAAGGAAAUAUGAGAGAGAAUAAUGCUGGUGGGAUGUUGUCACCAAAUUCUCUGAAAUUGGCAAUAGCUUUUCCUGGUAAAGCUGAGUAAUUAUCUGGGCAAAACAUGCUGCAAUUCUUGGUAGUGUGAUAAUCUCUGGGUCGACAAGCCCAGUGCUUCAGCUCGUUGUCUUCUUUCUCCUUCCCCAUUGGCUCUGAUUCCAUAUUUUGCAACAAGCAUCGUCAAAACAUUCCCAAAGUCUCUAGAACUUUUGCGGGCUAUUUUGGUCACUACAGGUUUUCUGUUUAGGAAGACAAUUACAAGGAAAGUUAUAUCUUCUAGCAGAGUUUCAUGGUUUGAGUAAUGCCAUACUCUGUCUGUCCACUCUAUCCUCAUAAUGCAACUCAUAUACUUGUCCUUUACUUUAUCUCUUAUUAUAUAAUAUUAUCUCUUCAUUUAUUUUAUCUCUUGCGAGACUUUUAAGAAGAAAGUUUCCCUUCUUAAACAAUCUAUAAUAUGUCUACGCUCGCUAUUACCUUUUGUAAGAAAUCUAAAUCUUUUUACUUCUUCUUCAUCCUUAUGUAUGGUUUCUAAAUGCUGAACUAUUUUUGUCUGCAUUUUGUAACACAAAAAAACAAAACUUAGUUUUAUCCUCCCUCCAUGCUCUAAUAAGCUUUCUAAGCAACAAGGUGAGGUCAAAACCUUGAUACCUGCAUGCGUUAACCAUUCGCUGCAUUGCCUCUGGGUUUACAUCAACAUAAACAGUCUCUACUAGCAUAAUUCCAAUGCGUAGAACUAAGGUCUGCCAUUCUCAGAAGGUGGUCUACAAAUGAUCUUCGAUCAAGAGCUCGAAUUCUCCCACUUUGAAAAUCAAUCAUGUGCUUGGCAAUCUCUUUCAUAAAAAGUGUCUGCAUUCAUGUUUAGAAAAGUCAAGAACUUCAUCAUUGAUAUCAAAGUCAAUUCGGUUCGCUACUAAACCAAACCUAGCAUGUGUCUAACAGCAGCUUCUUCUUGAUCAUUUAAUGCCAAGGGUUCUGCCAUCUGUGGCCUUGCAUUUCUCCACCAACUGCUCCCAACAUUUUUUUGUCAUCAUUAUCUGGCUACUAUUAUGUUGCACCUCUCUAUUAACCCUAAUUUGCCGCCAUGUCCCUAAAAUUGUGUAUGUUUUGUCUCAUAUGAUGGCUCUAACUUUCUAAUUAAUCUCGAAGAGAUGUCAGUGGUUGCUCUAUAAUAACCAGGUGUCUUUUGAGAUGUUGUGGAACACUAUAAUAUCUAAGGGCUUAGAAUUUUUACCGUUUGAGAGUUAUACAGAUUUGCUAAGCUGUGCAGGUUUUUGAUUGUUUUGUAAAUCUAUAUAAAUGGCUAAAGAGAGAUAAAAGAGAAUUUAAAUAUCUUAUUUCUCUUUUUAAUCUUCUAACUUCCCACCAGUUUUGUAACCACAAGCCACCUUACUCCGACUGAUCACAAAAUCAAGAUCCUUAUUAAAGAACUAUCUUCUCGCACAGUGAUCACACAAUCCAAUGGAUUAAUGGUAAUCCACAUUUAUUAUUGUGUGCCUGUGCCAAUGUGUGUGAUCGAGUGAGUUUUUUCGUCCGUAAUAAGAAGUGUGGAGAGACUGUUGCACUUUUUUUAGAAGUCUCUUUUACAUUAAUUUUACUGAUAAGCUCUUAGAAUUUAGAGAGCCGUCAAUUCGAAUUAUAUCUGAAGACAACUUUUUAUAGAAACUAUUCCAAUUUUGCGAAACACGCCCUUCGCGUAUACGCAAUUCGAUAUGUGUAUCUCUCUCCGGAUAUACUCGGAGCAUCUUGGCGUGCGUGCGUGUGUGUAUGUGCGUGCGUGUGUUUAUAUGUACGCAAAAUCGAUCUAGCGUCUAGUUUUUUUUGUGUUUGAAAUCACAGAGCUGUGUUAAUAGUACUAAAGUGCAUAUUCGCAGAUUUCGAAGAUGUGUGUGUGUGUGUGUGUGUAUGUGUGCGCGCGCUUGCGAGCAGUAUAUAUGACUAAAACGCAAUAAACCCACACUUGAUCACUUUGUGUACAAUGUCGCCUCGUUUAACGAUGCAAAAUAUCGUUCAGUUUUUCGUAAACAGAAGCGGCAAAAUUUGUUUGAGAAAACUCAAACGAAUUUUGUUUUACAUUUCGAUAGAGAGAAAGAAAUAUACUCGCAAAGUUUAUCGUCGCAAAUCGUACGCAAGAAUGUAAUGUAACCGAUCGUUAAUUGUGACACUACACCGACAAAAAACAAACAGGAUGACGAAACUGUUAUCGUACAACACAAAACUUACAUGUAACAAACAAUAAUGAAAUGUAUAAUGCAACGAGAGAUUGUAAGCACAAAACAGAUGAAAGUUUACCGAAGCUAUACUGUUAAUCACCCAUAUAGGUAAGCUCUUUUCCUCCGCGGAGUAGAAGGAAAAGUGAUUUCCAAUGGAAUUAUACAAUAGGAAUUAUUGUGACGAGUAAAAGUAACAAAUAUAUAUAUAUAUAUAUAUAUAAAUAUACUUUAGAUGUAAGAAAUAAGUGACGAAAAUAAAUGCGU